AACCGCCUUGAACUCCGCCCUCUUUCGUGGCCGCCCUCGCUCUUCACGGGUGCCCGUGUAUGCAGCUGGCCGACGGGACGCAGAUCGUCCGCUCGCCACGCAGCGACACCGCUAUGCAACAGCCAGCGCACCUGCGUCACACGCAGCGGACUGCACAAACGGCCUCGGAGACGGGAACGGCCGAAGAGGCCUCAGAGACCUUGUCCGACCCUGGCGCCUCGGGAGAGCUGCUCGCGUCAAGCCGUCCGAUGGGCCUGGGCGGGCACGCCCUGCUGCUGCUCGCGCUCCUCUCUGGCAGCGCGGUCGGCCUCCUCUUCUUUUCGCUGCUCGGGUACGGCGUCGAGGUGUACCGCGCCCUCGCCUCUGUGGACUGGUGGCUGGCGCCCUCGCUCGUGGUGGGCGCGCUCCUCCUGCUCGUCGCGCUGUACGCCCUCGACGCGCGCUAUUGGAAGGGCGCCGGCCGCAUCGCCGCUUAUUUCCCGCUGCUCGCCGCCGCUGCCGGAUCGCUCGGCGCCGCCUGCCUGCUCGGCACAAAGCAGUAUCCGUACGCGCCGCUGCUGUGCGUCUUCCUCGUGCCGACGCUGGGCGCGCUCCUCUUUGCGCUCCUCUUCUACUACCUUGCGAAGACGAUGGAGGCGCGCGACCGCGGCAGCAGCAAGACGCGCGCGCAGUGGGCCAUCCGCCUCUUCCUCUCCUCCAUCAUCUUCUUCAUGGCGGUGACCUGGUGCGCCGCCUCGGUCGCGGGCGCAGGCCUCGGCGUCGCGCGGACGGUCGAGUUUGCGAUGCUGCUCUUCAUCGUCGUGACGACGGCUGUGGUGGGCAACACGGUCGGCUGGGGCAGGGUCGGCAAGACGGCGCAGAGCCUGCCCAUCUACCGCAAGCUCGCCUCGUACUCCGAGGGCUUCUGGGACUACGUCAAGGCCUUCGCGCUCUGGGGCUUGGGCUGGCUCGCCAUCCCAACCUUCCUCGCCCUCUCCGCCGCCAACCAAGCCGCGCGAAAGGCUCUCCCCUUCACGCUGCCGCCCGACGCUCCGGGCCUCCUGACGGCGCACGGCGCGCAGCUCUGGGCGCGGCUGCGCACGUGGCACUGGGCGUCGGUGAUCUCAAAGACGACAUUCUGGUCCCUCCUGUACCUCAUCCUCCAAGUCAUCGUGAUGCAGCUCGUCGUCGUCUUCUUCGCCUUCCUCAACGAGGCGCUCAGCGACUUCCACACCGGCGUCGUCUGCGCCAUCUUUGCUGGCGUCGGGCUCCUCAUGUUCAUGAUCCCGAUCAUUCCCGGCGUGCCCGUCUACAUCGCGUGCGGCGCUGUCAUCCCGGCAUCGACGAUGUCGCAGGCGAACCCAGACUGGUCGGACGACAUGGAGCCGGGGGACGAGGUGCCGAAGGAGUUCUGGGUCGGCCUCGUCUACGCCACGCUCGUCGGCUUCGCACUCAAGCUCACCGCGGUCGCGCUCGAGCAGGAGCUCAUCGGCCGCCAGUUCGGCAACUACGUCGCCGUCCGCUCCUUCAUCCGCAUCAACUCGCUCGAGAUGCGCGCGACGCGCCGCAUCCUGCGCCGGCCCGGCAUCAACACGGCAAAGUGCGCCAUCCUCGUCGGCGGGCCCGACUGGCCGACCUCGGUCACCACCGGCAUCCUCAAGCUCAACCUGCUGCAGAUGCUGCUGGGCACCACCCCCAUCCUCCCCCUCAUCGCCGCCUCCACCGCCGCGGGCGGGAUGCAGCUGCUCAAGACGAAGGGCGACCUGUACGACUCGAUCACCGUCAUCGUCACCUUCCUCUCCUUCCUCGCGCAGACGGCCUCCACCCUGCUCGCAAUGUACUUCAUCGAGCGCACCUCGACGCAGUACGCCGCCGAGCUCGCCGCCGAGCCUCCCGACGAAGAGGCUGCCUUCUCAAAGGCGCAGCGCGACGGCACCAACUGGUCCUCCGCCGGCGUGCCGCUGUGGCCAAAGGUGACGAUUAUCACCUCGGCGCUGAUGCUCGCCGGUGCGUGCUACCUCUCGGUGGUGGCCACCUGCUUUGAGCCCUUCUCCGUCUCGCAGCGCAUCUCGGACCUCCCGGGCGGCACUGUGUUCGGCCUCGUCCGGCCGAUGGGCUGGGUGGUGAUCGGGCUCUUUGUCGGCGGGUGGGUGCUGCGCUACAUCUACCGGCGGUGGGCGGUGGCGCGCGCGCGGAGCUGGCUGCGUGCGAGCACGGGGCCGCGCUGCGACGUGUACGUGAGCGACUCCCCGGUCGGGUCGCCGACCAGCUCGCCGUCGCCAGCCGCUUCUCGGGCGGCGCCCCCCGACAUCAGCGUAAGUCGGGACGUGAGCCGCGUGUGAGCGCGCCAACUGCUGUUGGCGCAGUACGUUUGUCUAACCCGCGUCGACGACCCAUCUCCCAUGCCAUGUACAGCUCGGUUCCCGUGUGCGAGAGAUACAAGAGUGUGUGGCUCCCCCAGAGCGCAGAGGUCCCACGCUCCACGACCAGGCAGCAAGCCGUCCGUUGUGCAUUGAGCGGCCGGGCCUUUGUGGAGCUCUGUGGUACACCCAAAACACAAUGU